CCCUCGUGAUCGAUCUCUCAUGUUUCCUUUCUCUAUUACCUUACUUUACCUAGAUUUUAAGUAAACUGAUUAUAAUCACUUGAGGAUCCGACAUCUGGGCCAACCCUACCUGAAUUCUCCCCGUCUCCUACUGCAAACCAUCUCACCCUUUCCACCAGAGCCCGAGUUUUGAGUCUUACACCAGAAACAACAAUGUCUCUCAAAAGCGACGCUUUCCCUUCCUCUGAAGCCUUUGACGCCAUCAGCGACGCCUUGUCCAACGACGCCGAAAGAAAAGCCGCCAUCAAGAAUGGUGGUGCGGUCUUCGCCUUUGAAUUGACAAACGACAAGAAUGAAAAGGAGUCUUGGUACCUGGACCUGAAAGAGAGUGGAAAGGUCGGCAAAGGACAACCUCCCAAGAAAGCAGAUGUCACAUUGAUUCUGACGGAUGAAAACUUUGGCAAAUUGGUCGCCGGCAAGUCCAAGGCUCAGACACUCUUCAUGGGUGGGAAAUUGAAGGUCAAGGGCAACGUCAUGAAGGCAACGAAACUUGAACCAAUUCUCGGAAAGGCCAAGUCUCAAUCCAAGCUAUAAGUGUGUCGUGUCGGUAUAUAUAGUAUACACUGUGUGUGUGUAUGUGUCGGGCGACGGUGACUGCGACGCCCUUCUUCUAGACAGACAAUUGGUCUCGGGGACGUCGUCAAACAGGUCCAAACCCCCUGUACAACAAGAUACCUCCUACCUAGGUAGGGACAUGUGUACCUCUGAAAGUCUCACUCAAAGAUAUACAUUGUCCUCCUUAUGGACACACACGUAUUUUGUCGAACUGAUUCUCAAGCACGAUCUUCGAGGUCGUCCGUCCUUCCUUG